AUGUCGGCCGUCCAGUCUGUUCAAUGCUUCGGCAAGAAGAAGACCGCCACCGCUGUCGCCCACUGCRAGCAGGGCAAGGGCCUCAUCCGCGUCAACGGCAAGCCUCUCUCGCUCGUUGAGCCUCAGAUCCUUCGCUUCAAGGUCUACGAGCCAGUUCUCAUCCUCGGCCUCGACAAGUUCGCCGAUGUCGACAUCCGCGUCCGCGUUCGUGGCGGUGGUCACACCUCCCAGGUCUAUGCUAUCCGUCAAGCCAUUGCCAAGAGCAUCAUUGCAUACUACCAGAAGUACAUCGACGAGCACUCCAAGAACCAGCUGAAGCAGGCACUCGUCGCCUACGACCGUACCCUCCUCGUCGCCGACAACAGACGGUGCGAACCCAAGAAGUUCGGCGGUCCAGGUGCACGCGCCAGAUACCAGAAGUCUUACCGAUAA